GUAGUCCAAAAUUUAUAGUAGUCAAUUGCACCUACGGAUACCUCAAAAUGACACAACAAACACCCCCUUUCUCCUCCCUCCCCCUCAAAAAAGACGGGCCCCGAGGCAAUGCGUGGGGUCUCUAUGGUCCCACCGAUGAGCUGGGAAUGUUGAAUCGCCUCACACCUCAAACCACGCUCUCCGCAACAAAAGAAAUCGUCCACGGCAUCAGGAUAUGCACAGACUGGGCUUUGGACCAGCCGAAAGUACCUGGAUUUGGGAGAGCGAAGUUCGAACACACGAUUAAACACAAGGAGCCCCGGUCGGUUAACGACGACACGGUGAUGUUCAAUACGCAGAGUAGCUCCCAGUGGGAUGGGUUUAGGCACUUUGGAUAUCAGGAUCAUAAGGUAUUUUUUAAUGGGUGUAAGCAGGAGGAUGUGCAUAAUUCGAAUAGAAUUGGCACUCAUGUCUGGGUAGAAAACGGGGGUGUCGUCGGUCGUGGAGUCCUCCUCGACUACAAAGGCUGGGCCGAAUCUCAAGGUCUCAAACCAGCUGUCCUCGACACAACCGAGAUCACCGUCCAGGAGCUGAACGCAAUUGCCGCUGCUCAGGGCGUCACUUUCCAGCCAGGAGAUAUUCUCUUCGUCCAUUCCGGCUUCGUAAAAGCACUUGAGGCUCUCAAAGGCGAUGAUGCCAAGAACUACGUUGCGAACCCACCACCGAAGGCGAUUGGAGUAAAGAGUGGAGAGGAAACAAUGAAGUGGAUUUGGGAGAAGGAAUUUGCUGCCGUUGCCGGCGAUAUGUUAGCCUUUGAAGCACUUCCAUUUCAGAGCAAUACGCAUUGGUUACACGAGUGGUUACUUGCGGGGUGGGGUAUGCCGAUUGGGGAGUUGUUUGAUUUGGAGAGGUUAGCGACGGAGUGUAGGAGGUUAAAUAAGUGGAGCUUUUUCUUUAGCAGUGUGCCAUUGAAGGUCCCUGGUGGUGUUGCUAGUCCUCCGAAUGGAGUUGCAAUCCUUUAGUAACCCUUCCUAUGAAAAUCUCUGUCCAUCCUCAAUGUCGACAUGGACAGAAAUAUGAAUAGAUGCAAAUGAGAACGAAC